AUGGAUGAUCUCAUUCGCUCAGAAGCGGACUGCAGAAGGCAUAUCGUUUCGGCCGAAAGCAGCACUGUUCGGGCCCAUUUGUUCUUUUUUUCUCGGUUCAUGGGGGCUCUCAUGGGGGAGAUGAAGGGAAAUCACUACAUCACUUUAUUCCACUUUUUGUGGGGAUGUUUUUCACUCCUGCGGUUUUAUUUGUUUUCUCUUGAACGCAAAAAGGCCAUGGUGGCAGAGUUUGCUGAUGCGAUGCGCAAUGACAGGGGUACAGAGGCCGUGAAGGGAAGCGUUGUGGGUUCACCCUGCGGAGGUUUGAUGGCUCAAUCUGAGGAGAGGGCAAUCGCAGGACCGAGGCGGAAAGACCCAUGCCAUAUAUUUUUUCAAGAGUGCGUCCCGAUUCGUAUCCAGCUGUUGGCCAACUUUGCUUUGAAAGUUGCCCGAAUACAGAAGGGGCUGAUUUUUGCACUUCAAUCUGAGCGAUGCAGGGGUUACGAGGAUUUGUUCACUUCCGCUUUUGCUGACAUUGCCCCGCGGAGGCGAAGUGGGACCCCAGAGGAAAAAUAUGGGCUUGUCCUUAGCGAUGUUCGUUUGCUGCAUCGUGGCAGGCACAAGGUGAGGGAACGCUGCUAUCAGGUACGCGUCAUUCAGUCACUGGCCCCUGCCUUUCCCCUGGUACAUACUGGGGAUGUCAUUCUCUCUAUUAAUGGAAGGUCGGUGGCGACAAUCGAGGGCGCCCGAUUGGAGUUGUGGGAACAUCCAAAGAAAGUACAACUUCUUCUUUUGCGGGAAGCGAGAGUAUUUUCAGUUAUCUUUGCUUUAUAG